UGGUCUCAUACACGUGCAGGAAUGGAGGGAGGAGCCGAAGCUGUCUUGAUCGAGACUACAGAAGAGCCAUUCGUGGACUUGGCGAUCGCAAAGAAGAAACGGCGAACGUUACGGUCUCAGAUUACCAACACCAAUCGCCAUCUCAACGAGCACAUCAGGGCAGCUGGUUCACGGGGAGCAAUUGCUGGUCUCGUACGACACCUCAAGGAUCUACUGAAACGAGCCACGUCUCUCCAUACCGAAUUACUGACCAUGGAAGAUUCGGAGGAGAACGAGAAGAUGGACGAGUUACAUCUUAGAUACGUCCAAGCGGUCGGUGAGACGAUAGCCAAUGCCGAGCAACAUCUCGACUCCAGGAAAGAUGAAGCCCCAUCAGUUAUCCAGCACGGAGGAGUUGGUGGUCGUCGUCGCGUUAAUCAAGAGGAGGAACUCCAAGCAGCCCGACAACGAGCAGAUGACGCUCGAAGCCAAGCAGAAGAAGCGCAUAAUCGAGCCGAGGAAUUGCGCAAUCAGUAAGAGGCAGCAGAGGAAGCACUCCUGAAUCUACAGAUGAGCGAUGGGGAUCCGGACCAUCUCACUUCAGUCAGUCAACAAAUUAA